AUGUCGUUAAUGAAUUAUAUAAAACAUGUGUUUAUUUAUCCUAUAAAAUAUUCAAAAAGUGAACAUUAUAAAAUGGUGCUAGUUGUAAGAUCAGACAUAUCCAUGGGAAAGGGAAAAACUGCUGCACAAUGUGCCCAUGCUGCAGUAGAGUGUUGUCGUCAAAUAUCAGCUAACAAAAAAUAUCAGCAAAUAUAUGAAUCUUGGUUAUUUCAGGGUCAACCUAAAAUUGUAUUAAAGAUAUCUGAUAAAGAGAAGUUAAUGUCAUUGGCUACCAAUGCUCGUAAAGCUGGUUUAAUUAUUUCUAUAAUAAAAGAUGCAGGUAAAAGUCAAUUAGAACCUGGUACAACAUCUACUCUUGGAAUUGGGCCUGGUCCAAAGCAAUUGAUAGACGAUCUUACUUCACACUUAAAGCUACUGUAAAUUUGAAUAAGAUUAUUUAUUGUUAAAAAUAUAUAAAGAAAUAAUUAGCUGGCAUUGUCUAAAUAAAUCUAUAAUUGAUUUAAAACUUUUAUGUUUUGACUAAUACUUUAUUAAUUAUUAAUGCUUUGUUUUUCUACGUAGCUUUCAUACAAGAGGAUAUCAACAAAAUGUAGUUGUUAAAAACUCUAUGUAUUAAAAGACAUACAUACAGAAUAUUUUUAAUUAGAA